CCCUUCAGAGAGGAAGGAGGGAGCGGGCGCGCGGCGCCAGCUGCUGGACGAGCCCACGAGGGCACACGUGGGGGGGUAGAGAAACAUGCCCCUCCCCCCCGCCGUGCGAGGACUUGUGCCCGUUCCGAACCUCCAUGUUCCCCUCAGGCGCGGAUGGGGCAGGAUCGCUUCCCGGGCCGAAGGGGGUGAGGGGCUCUCCCGGCUUGAGACAGCAGGUUCUUUCUCGUCACAGGCUCACGCCCCUCUCCACGAUGGUCGGGCCCUGGCCGCCAGCGCAUGCGCUCUAAUAGGAGGCGGGCGAGGGGCGUGUGUCGCGCGGGAGCGCAGCUUCCCGGUCAGUCUGCGCCGGCGGGAGGCGCGAGCGGGGUGAACUCGAGGAGGCUGCGGCAGCGACCCCCCUCCCCCCCCGGCCCGUCACCACACGUACCGGCUGUGGCCCCGGCGCCUCCCGCGCGCCAUGUCCUUCCGCCAGAGGAGCCCCCACAGCGGCGGCGAGAGCAGCAGCCCACAACACCCCGCUCGUUGGUCUCAAGGAAGGAAACGUGGAGCAGAUGGAAAACGCAGAAAACAGAAUGAUUCAGAUUCGUCCGUUUUUGAUGAUGAAAACAAGUAUGGACCCUCUGACAACAGGUUGGAUAGUUUUACAACACCAGAAGGUCCUGGGCCCUUUUCAAGAUGUUCAGACUGGGGAUCUGUAGUUGAAGAAGAUGAAAUGAGGACCAAUGUUAAUAAAGAAAUUGCAAGAUACAAAAGAAAGCUCUUGAUAAAUGAAUUUGCAAGAGAAAGGAAGUCCUCUUCUGGAAGUUCUGAUUCAAAGGAAUCCACUGUAGCAGUAGAACUUGAGACAGAUGAAGUGGUUCUGAUGAGAAGGCAAAAACAGAUAAAUUAUGGAAAAAACACAAUUGCAUAUGACAGAUACAUUAAAGAAGUUCCAAGGUGUCAUCGAGUACCAGGGGUCCAUCCUAGAACUCCAAAUAAAUUUAAGAAGUAUAGCCGUAGGUCCUGGGACCAGCAGAUCAGACUCUGGAAGGUUGCUUUGCAUUCUUGGGACCCUCCUGCUGAAGAAGGAAGUGACUUGCAAGCAAUCAGUCCAGUUGAUCUUGGUGAGAUGGAGAUAGAAUCCAUAGGAAGUAAUUCUACUGAAUCUCAAGCAAGCUCUCAAGACAAUUAUGAUACCUUUUCUGGCACGCCCACCAAGGUUAGACAUGUUGACUAUCAGGUGGAAGGCGAAUUUGACUUGGAGGCAUGUUUGAAUGAGCCACUUAAAGACUUCAGUACUGUGAGCUAAGUGGUGCCCUGUGCAGGCUGUUUUAAGGGAAACAUUCUUUUAAAAGUUUGUGAAAUGUUUGCCUGGUAUUCUCAAACUGGAUGUUGUUCCCUACCUGUCAAUAGUGCAGAAGCUUAAUCAAGUUAAAGGGCUGUUCCCUAAUUUGUGGUCUGUCUACGUAUUUUCUGGACCAAAUUUGUGUAAAGAAUAGAACUUAAGUUGUGACUUCCUGUUUGACUUCUAAUUUAUGUAUAUCAGAUGGUUUUACAAGACUACUUUUUUAUAAUUAUUCAGAAGAUGGAACUCUUCAUAGAAGAAACAGCCAAAGGCAGCACUGCUAUCCUUCAGCAAACUUAGUUCUGUAUAACUUCAGGUUGUCAUUCAUUUCCCCAUAUGUGAGUUUAUUGCUUAAGUGCUCUGUUGGCAGUCCACAGAGCAAUGUAUCCACAGAACAGGAUAAGCAGGUGUGGUUUGAGAUUUUGCAUACUGCCCUGCUACUGCAUGAACCAACUCUCCUGCAAAGCCUGCCUACAGGGGGUGAGGGGAAUUUAAAUUCAAUACCAGCUGAAUCUAUGGACUCAACAGAUAAACUGAAUUUUUUAUUUCAUGUAGCUACGAUGACCGGUAACAACUUUAGCUCAUUAUUGGACUAGAUACUUGAACUAUUGAUCUAGAAGUGUGGAGGGUUCUGUCCUUGUUUCAAGAAUCGCCCAACCUCUAACUUUCUUUUUGAUUUCCCUUAAUUGGCAAAGAUAUUUGUGUAAGUGCUUUUUCCACAUUACAAGGUUUUCCUUUUGUCUGAUUCAUUUAAAGUAAAUUCCUUUCGUUUGCAAAAGCUUAUUUUGUAAUGGUGGGAAAGGACGUAAUAUGUAAGUUAAUAUUGAAACCUCAUUUAAAAAACAAAACUGAAGUGUGGCAGCGAUGCAUUAAGAAGCUGUAGCCUAAAUUUGGUACCUGUAAAUAGUCAUGGAUAGACAUAACUUAUCUAACACUUAGAGAAAAAUAAACAAUAUAUCUAGGGAAAGUGCUUGAUUUGUAUUCACUGUUUUUAAUAUAAAACUGUUGUAAAUGAUAACUUUGUACAUACAUUCUGCUGAAAGCAGUUAAUGUUUCUAUUGCUUUUGUAUGGGACAGUGUUGCUAAAAAUAAAUACAUUAAAUAUGAAA